AUGCUCAAACAUGGCUCGGCCGACAUUCUGAGUUCUCUCGGGUUUUGCAUCCCCACCGUACCCCUCGGGUCUACAUGGGAAAUAACAACUGCAAACUCUGAUCACUACAUGGUUGCAUGCGAAAGAAACUGGAGGGUACCCGGCGAUAAGGAUCCAAACCUAGCUUCGCGCAUUCCCCCGCUGAACCCGCCUCCAAGCUCUCAGGCCCACCAAACCAGCAUUAAGAAAAUGAUAGGAGGUCUUUGCCACAGGCAGAUCAUUGCUGAGUUUGAACUCAAUCCGACUCCCUAG